AUGUCGCUUUCCAUCUGCCAGAUAUGUGGCCAGUGCCUUUGCAAUUCUGACCUGUCCAGCGAUCCUCUUCAGCAUUUCUGCAUCGGUCUCGAUGGCCCGGCCAUGGUCAACUCUCACGACUUUCUUCCCAAGAGUCUCGACUCCGACUCCGAGCAUGAGGAAGACUCUCGCAUCGUCAAGAAGAAGACGAUAACACCCACAAAGCCAGCGGCUCUGUCUGUACACAACCCGGACGACCUGGAGGAGAUCGAUCGAUUGCAGAAGGAGAUUGAGGAGUUGAGACGAAUGAAGGGGAGGACAGCUGAGGCAGUCAAAACGACUGCUGUGAAGGCUUAA